AUGCUUACAGAAUGUACGGUAACGCAGUUUGAAUGUCCAUGUGGUGCGGUACGAUGUAUUGAUGCCGAAAAGAUGAAAGAUGGUAAACGGGACUGCGAAGAUGGUGCCGACGAAACUGGUCUAACAAAUCCACGAAUUUGUUUUGAUGGCAGUACACCGAGGAUGAGUAAAGCACAGAAUCGAACUGUACAGCUAACAGUUCAUAAUGCAAUACAGCAAUGUCCACGACCACAUACGUGCCGUGAAAAUCUUGGCGAAAUUUGUAUUGUUGUAAGUGGUAUGCCACAUUGUGUGUGUAAAAAAGGAACUUUGAAACCAAAUGGAUUUCCACGAUGUGUCUCGGAGCAACGUUUACAGCAAUAUUUGAACAACAUUAUCACCAACUGUACAGAUAUUGCCAAUGAUUUGAUUGAAGUGUACAGCUCGUUAGGCGGUGAUGGUGGUAACGAUUUUAGUAUGGAUCAAGCUGUGGAACAAAAGAUUUAUGAAAUUCAGUGUGAUUCCAGAAAUAAAUACUCUUGCAAAGGAAACGGUGAAAUUUGUGUACAACAAGAUGAUGGUCAGGAUCGUUGCAUCUGUAAGGAUGGUCGGAAUCGUGUUGAUGGAGUUUGCCUAGUUAAUGAAUGCGCUGAUCCAAACCUUAAUGACUGUGAUCCAAAUGCAUCCUGUAUGGAUAGUAUCACAUCCUAUGAAUGUUUCUGUAACGAAGGUUACAUUGAUGUUUCGUCGUCGCCAAUGACACGUCCGGGAAUAAAUUGUACAAAAUCAGCAAUUAUUGUAGUGAUUAACGAAUGCGCUGUUCCUUCGAUGAAUAACUGUGAUCCGGCAGCCGAAUGUAUUGAUAAACCAAUUGGGUAUACAUGCAGAUGUCCAUGUGGUUACGUUGAUAUAUCACCAAACGGAGCUCGUAAUCCUGGACGAAAAUGCAAAAAAUGUUUGUCUACUUUUUCGUUCUAUCAAUUAAAAUUUUAG